CCUCCCCUCCCCCUUACCGCCGACCGAGUUCUUUUCAGAGUCGCCGCGUCGGUGUCGCCGGGGAGAUUUUUUUUGCUGCUGCUGUUGCCGCAACCACCCCUGGGCUCAUUUGCCCCGACCCCUUCCCGCCGCCCCGACCCCAACCCCACACAAGAUGUCAGAGGAUCUAGCAAAACAGCUGGCAAGCUACAAAGCUCAGCUCCAGCAAGUUGAAGCUGCCCUGUCUGGAAAUGGAGAAAAUGAAGAUUUGCUAAAAUUAAAAAAAGAUUUACAAGAAGUUAUAGAACUAACCAAAGACCUUCUGUCAACUCAACCUUCAGAAACUCUUGCAAGUUCAGACUGUUUUGCUUCUGCUCAGCCCACUCAUUCAUGGAAAGUAGGGGACAAAUGUAUGGCAAUCUGGAGUGAAGAUGGACAGUGUUAUGAAGCGGAGAUUGAGGAGAUAGAUGAAGAAAAUGGCACCGCUGCAAUCACCUUUGCUGGCUAUGGCAAUGCUGAAGUGACUCCACUGUUGAACCUCAAGCCUGUAGAAGAAGGAAGGAAGGCAAAGGAGGACAGUGGCAGCAAACCCAUGUCCAAAAAAGAAAUGAUUGCCCAGCAGCGUGAAUAUAAAAAGAAGAAAGCUUUGAAAAAAGCACAGAGAAUAAAAGAACUUGAGCAGGAGAGAGAGGACCAGAAAGUGAAAUGGCAACAGUUCAACAACAGGGCCUAUUCUAAAAACAAAAAAGGCCAGGUAAAGAGGAGUAUUUUUGCUUCACCUGAGAGUGUAACUGGCAAAGUUGGAGUAGGAACUUGUGGAAUUGCUGAUAAACCUAUGACACAGUAUCAAGAUACCUCUAAAUACAAUGUCAGGCAUUUGAUGCCUCAAUAAUCACAAAAACUGUUGGAUUUCAUCUCUGCAGGGCUUUACAUUUACCUUUUUAUCCUUAUAUUUUUCUAAAGGUAAAUUAUUUGUUAGAUGAGUAAGGAAAAUACCAUUGUUGUCAUUGUUUGACUUCAAUAGAAUGAAACUUGAAGAAAUUGUAUUUGAUAACCGCUAUUCAUUUAACUUGCUUCAUUACUACUACCACAGUUUCCUCAAAGUUUGUUGGGUAACGCAACUUUUCUAGGUAGAUGCUGCUUAAAUAAAGCACUUAGAUGAAUUGUUGAUCUUCCUAAUAUCAGGCCCCAUACAUUUUGUAAAGUCCUAACCUGGAACUUUCAGUACCUUAAAACUUGCCACGUAUUCUGAAAGCAAUUCACUGGAAUAUCAAGGCAGAACACCAAACUUUACAGAGAUCUUUUUAUUUUUAUUUUUUCUUACCUUCAACUUAAACUUGGCUAUUGGCCAAUUAAACCUAAAAAAUAAGUUAACUUGUAAAAGUCCAAUUCUGUUUUCAGGUUUUUCCUUCAAUAACUUGUUUCUUAAGCCUGUUAGGCCAUCUCUAAAAUGUAUCCAGCUCUUUUAUUCUUUUCAUUGGAUUUUAGUUUUACGUAAAAAACCAUGUUUUAGCACCAGCUACCUUUUCUAAUUUUUUCCUCCCUCCUGUGUUGGUUUUUCACAUAGGGUAGUGGUACCAUUUUUUUGGAUGUGAAAUGUUUAUAUGAGAAAACAAAAAGCUGAUGUAUAGCCCUGUAUACAGUGUAGAUACUAUUUUUGUAAAAAAAAAAGAAAAAAAACAACCAAGGCUAAAUUAAUGAACAAGAGUACUGAAUGUUUCAUCAUUAAAAAUUGACUGUAUUUCUUGUGCAUUAAUCUGACCAUAAUCCCCUGUACAUUAUGUUCAUGUAGCUGAGUUUGUAAUUUUUGUUUACUAGAUCAAGUUGUCAGCAUUUGCUGGUGUAAGUGAACAUCAUAUUUAUCCUGAGUUGAGUUUAAGCCAAAUAUAUGCAUAGAAAAGUGUCUUCCUGUUAAUGGAAGUCAGUGAUUUUCAGGAUGUGUUAAUUUCAGUUUUUGUAUGUUUAACUUUUAUUAAAUAAAGUGUUUUUAAAAUCUCCAGGGUGUGUUAUGACAAAGGUAAAGUCUUACUCGUAGCUCCCAGCAUUGAUAAUGAUUAAGCCUCAAUGUACUUGCAUACAUCAUUUCUGCAAAAGAAAAUGAGUAUGAUAAAGGUUUCAAUAAAUCCUUACCUACUCCCCUUCUAUUAGACAUAAAUAAUUGUAUUCUAAAGGGCAAACCAAUUUUAAGGGCUUGUGCUAUAAGGGGAAAAUAAAAAUUUUUAUUUCAUGUA